AUGGACGUCUUCUCCAUUGGCUAUAAAUUAAUCUUCUUAAUAAACUUGAUCACAUACUGACUCUCUGCCACUUGUCCAGAUGGUAGCUAUGACAACUCAGGGAGUUGAGCCCAAUGACAUUCCUCUUGAGCAACAUGUAGCAAUGGUACAGAAUGAUUGACAUGAGACGAGCAAAUUCUAAAUCCGUCAACCAAGCUGUGUGAGCCAUGUCCUGAAGGUGAAUACUUUGACACCCCAAGGCAGUUAUGCCAGAGUUGAGGGAGUAGCUGUCUUGAUAAAUGUGCUUAUCAAACUUCUUGAUUUGAUUGACCUGCCGGUCAAGCCUUAAACCUCUCAAGCAUGACUUGAGUUACUUCUUGUGAGUCAAACCAAACGAAAAUUGAAGAUGUCCAAUUCCGGAGCAUUGCGUUUUGAAGAGAUAAUCAAUAUUAUGUUGACCCUUCAAGUGCAGAAAUUAUUGAACUAGGCAUAAAGAAUUACCCUUACAAGAGUAUUGGUCUUGUUUUUGUAGAACUGCUUAACAUUCGGUCACAUUCUGAAAAUGAGGUGAUAAUUUACAUCAAAGAAAACACAGUGAUAGAUAUAGAAAAAGGGUAUAACUAUAUUGCUAACAUUACUUCUGUGAAGAUAGAAAGUUAUAGCUCCUCUGGCACACCAGGGAGAGCCACUCUUUAUGUAAAACAGAAUGAAGUUAACAUGUUUAACUCAAAGACAUCAUUCAAUUUAGUUAAUAGUAGGACCCUAAACUUGCUUUCUAAGAUUAAUGUGACUGGAGUUAGCUCUGCUGAAAUUUCUAUCCUUCAGUCAACAGAUACAUGAAUUUUUGUCUGGAGAUCAAAUUUCACAAUGAGUAAUAUCAACAUUCAAGGAGAUAUCAGUAAUGAUGCCAAAACAAGUUCAUAUUUCUUGAGACCUGUCUAUCUUCAACAAAGAAUCAUAAUUUUUCAUAAUAUGGACAUCCAGCUGACUGGGUACUUACUUAGGACAACUGAUCCAAUGAGCAUGGACUUGUUGAAUAUUUAUGUCGAUUUUCAUGCCAUGAUGGGAGGGUUCUGGAUGAACAUUAACUGCAACUAUCCAGAUGCAUAUACAGAAGGAAAAAUAACUUCAAAAAACCUUACCGCAGUUAAUUCAGUUGAUAGGGUUGCUCCCUUCAGGAUUCCUUUUAUUGUCACUUCUGGUCCUGAAGAUAUUUACUUUGAAGAUAGUAACAUCCAAGUAUGGGACUCGCUUUCAGAAGACAGAGCUGUGAUAGAGACAACAGUUACUUCAGACUGCAUUCCCACAGAUACCAAAAACAACACAUUCACAUUUGUAAGAACUAAAAUGAGCAUGGCUGAUAACCCUGGAGAAGAUAAAUUUGCUACAUAUUACAUUGACUUGGUUCAAAAUGUGCACAGAAAGCUGAUAUUUAACUACAUUUCUAAUGAAUUUACUAACCAAUAUAAGAUGCCCUAUCCCAUGAAUACAACUUUUACCAACGUCACUACUGCAAAUGGUGGACUAAUGGUAACAUUAAUUAAAAGUAUACUAAUACAAAACGUCAUCUACCAAGACUGUGACGACUUUGCUUUCGCUACCAUAAACCUCCUGGACGCAGACACUGUCUCUAUCACAAACCUCACUCACCAAAACGUCAACGGUACUGGCACCUCAUCCCAAAGGUACAUCCGCAUAAAAAUGAACCCUCAGGGUACAAUCUCCCUCUCCUCCACCAACUUCCACUCCUGCUCUCUCUUCCAAAAGCCCGGCAUCUUCCUCGAAGGCUCAGUCUCCACUUUCUCCCUCCAAAACUCCGCUUUCACCAGUCUCAGCCUGGGAGCUUCCAAUUCCUUACUCAGUCUGCAAGAAAUCAGCACUCUGUUCAUCACAAAUUGUUCAUUUAGUAGUAUAACUUCUGAGGUGCUUAACCCUGAAUUUAUUAUCAAUAUCCAGAAACUUCAGUUGACUGGACUACAGGAUUCGGCUAUUUCGGAUUUGGCUGUGACUGGCAUCAAGGUGCCAUUCUUGGAAAUAGGAUCUUUGACUGGGACACUUGAAGCAGAGAGGCUUGUGAUGAUGAAGAAUUUAGUGUUUAGAGACUGAGCCUUGCCAGUUUCGAUGGAUUUAGUCAGGUUUGGGAAUAUGGAGUCGAGUGAGAAGGUGAAGUUUAGGUUUGACAAUUUGGUGUUUGAGAAUAUCAGUUUUCCAACCGAGGGGAAUUUAGUUAAGUUACAGCACCAGCUUGUGGAGCAGGUUGAGAUUGUGGAUUCGAGUUUUAGUGGAGUGUCAGGAGCGAGUGUGCAUAUUGAAGCAGCUAAUAAGAAGACUGAGGUGUUGAAUGCAGGACUUUAUACUAAGGUUAAAUUUCUCAGGUGAAAUUUUACUCAGAUAGAUGCUAAUAUUGGAUCGGCAAUAGAGGUUUUUGAAGGAGCAAGAGUUGUUAUAGAGGAUUCUACAUUUCAGAACGUGUACACUCUUGAAGAAGGAGCAGUUCUAUUUGCAGGGAGAAGAGAAGCUGAAGUAGUUAUAAGAAACUCAACAUUCAGAGAGAUAUAUGCACUCACUGGAGGAGUUUUUAAUAUUGAGAGCAGUAGUGUUGUCAAAGUAUAUGAUUCUACCUUUUCAAAUAAUUUUGCAGUUGUAGCUUGAGUUGUAUAUGCAGUUAACUUUGGAUCAUUUGAGCUUUACAACAUAACAGCCACUUUAAACUAUGCAGUCUCAAAUCCUUUUGCUCUUAUUUUCGAUGCUCCAAGUACUUCAAUCAUCAGCAAUUCUACAAUCUAUGACAAUCAAGCAUUAGCUCCAGCCAAAGUGAAAUCAGAAAUUACAAUAGCAUGAUCUAGCCUCUGUUUCCUCUCAUCGAAAUUCAAAGCUUAUCUUCUUGCUCAUCCAGAGCUCUACUUUAUAACUUCUUCUUCAUAUAUGAUCCAAGUCAUAAUAGGUGCUUUGACUAUCAAAGAUUCCACAAGGUUCUUCCACGAUGCUAAAAUUCUUGAUCUCUCAGAGUCAGCUCUAACAAUAGAGAAUACAGAUUUUUACAAUUGUUCGAAUGCACAUAAUAUGCUGAAGGCUUCUACCUCGAGAGUCAGUAUGAGAGGAGUCAAGUUUUAUGAUAUGGUAACAUCUCCUGCAUCAACCACAUCUCUCGUCAGAUUUGCCUAUGAAUGUGUUCUAGAUAUAAACGGUGUGGAAUAUUACAACUCAACUGCUCAAUUCAUAUCAAUCACAUCCUCAGAAGGGAUAAUCAAUGGGAUCAACAUCCAUGAUGUGACUGUCAGCCUUGAGGACCCCAAUCCAAUAGUGCAGUUGGAUGAAAACAUAGGGAUCUCAAUAUCUGACUGGGAAUUUAGAAAUAGCUCUGUAAGGUCAGACUACCUGGAAAUGUCUCAUAAAACAUCUAUAUCUAACAUGAAGAAUGUGAAUUUUACUGGAAUUAAUCAAAGCCCUAUCUAUUUUUCUGAAUGCACUAUUGGAACAAUGAAAGGGAUAACUAUUAAUGCCUGUACAAGAGGAAUCGUAUUCUCUUUAAGCUCUUUUAGCGAACUUUCUGGUUCAAACUUCAACGAUUUAGGCUCUAACACUAUCCAUUUCGGUGGAGCGAUACAAAUGAAAGAUUCCAAUGGAACUAUACUGAAUAAUGAAUUUGCUUUGAACACUGCUGAGAGUGAUGGAGCCAUAGGAAUUUCCUGCUCUCUAUCGUUGGUAUGCAAAAGUAGCAUUAUGAGCAAUACUUUCGCUAAUAAUAAAGCUGUCAAGCAAGGAGGUGCUAUUCACUAUGAUAUGUUCAGGCCAAUACUGCGCAAUAAUUCAUUUAUCAACAACUCAGCUGUUUAUGGUUCCAUCAUAUCAAGCUAUGCUGUGAAAAUAAAGCAAAAGGGAGCCCAAGAUGGUCCUUUAAUUCUCUCAGAUAUAGGGAGUGGGAUAGCCUACCAAAAUACCUUAGUUUUAACUCUCUAUGAUCACGAUGAUCAGAUUUACUCUCUUGACUCCUCAUCACAAAUUGUUAUUUCUGGAAAUUCUUCAGGCACCAACGUUCUUGGAUUUAAAGCUGUAAAAGCAACUUCUGGUGAAGCUACCUUCACAGAUCUGAGAUUUAUUUCCUCUCCUGGUGAUAAAGAAGUCUUAUUUGAUAUUGAAUCUCCAGGUCUUGACCUUACGAGACUCAAAAAGUUUAUGGGCCUGAUUACGAGCAAGAGAAAAUAAUUAUAAAUUUUAGGUACUGUAAGCCAGGUGAGCAAAUUAUCAACAAAACGACUUGUCAAAUUUGAUCUCCAGGAUCUUACUCUUUUAUAUGGAACUCCACCGAAUGUUCCAAAUGAAUCCAGCAUACAACUUGUGAAGGAGGAGAUGAAAUGGUACUCCAUUCAGGAUAUUGGAGGAAGAACAAAAACUCCACUGAUCUAAUAGAGUGUCCCAACAAGGAUGCCUGCAAAGGAGGAUUUUCAGCAACUAAUACAUUUCCAGUGAAUUGAGCAACUGGGUAUGAUGGGUUACUUUGAUCACAAUGAAUUUCAAACGACCAAACCAGGUAUGAACAAGUAGAUGAAUUUGUCUGAGAAAAAUGUCCUGAGCCAUUCCUAAAUGCACUGAAAGUGUUAGGAGUUUUCCUAGCUGUGUUCAUAUUUCUCUGUGCUCUUAUUGCAAUGAAUAUUCGUAAAAAGGAUGAGAGUCAAAAAUCCAUUCUAAUGAGAAUUCUCACUAAUCACUUACAGGUGACAUCUCUGACUUUUGCUUACAAUAUGAAGUUUCCUGAUAUCUUGCUAGAGUUACUCUCUCCUCUUUCUAGGGCAAAUUCCUCUACUGAAUCAGUGAUUUCUUUUGAUUGCUUUGCAUCUGAGUCACAGCUAAAGUUAUUUGCACCCUCAAUAGCUAUCCUCAAGGUUGGGCUUUCUGCUCUGUCCCCAUUGUUGAUUCUUCUGGCGUGCUUGAUAUUCUUCUCUAUUUGUCAUCUCUUGUUUCCUAAACAUUUCACAGAUUUUAGAAGGAAUAUGGUGAUUUCAACUGUUUCAGUCAUUUAUUUGCUGCAUCCAACUAUUACAACUUCUGCUCUGGGAAUCUUCCAAUGAAUUGAGGUUGGAGAGGGAGAAAGCAGGAUGAGAAUUGAUCUCAGCAUUGGCUGCUAUAGCGAAGAACACCUUACUUGGGCAUGUCUCCUAGGAAUCCCCAUGAUUGCAGUCUGGGUAAUCAGCGCUCCCUGUUUGGCUCUAACAGUAUUAUACAAGCGUCGUAAAACUCUUAACGAGCCUAAGACAAAGAGGUAUCUGAUCGUGAUGUAUCAAGGAUUUCAAAUAAAAUACUAUUAUUAGGA